UCAGGGCAAGCUCCGAAACAACCAAUUUCAUGGAAGCCAAGUUUUGAUCUUUCCCAAACUGUAGUACAGCAGUGCCAAAGGGACCUAGUGUUGAAAAUUGGACCUUAUAUAGUGCAAGGUCUUACAAGCAGGCACAAGGCUGUCAGGAAGACGUGUGUGUUCUUUAUGAAGGACCUAGUUGAACUUGAAGAUACAUGGAUAUUAAUGCAAUUGUCUCAUCUUGGGGUGAUGAAGAGAAUGGUCGACUUCCUUAGGGUAAAUGAUGAUGACGAGUUACUGGAAGUUAUGGGAUUGAUAGUGGCAAGGAUGCUGGUGAGUAGUGAUGACAGGCUUGGGCAGUUAUUUGAUACACAUGGGGGUCCAACUCUCCUGAUGUCAAUGGCAAGGAGGACCACUGGAUUACUGAGAGAUGAGGUGGGGCAGACACUGAAGUCUGUUACGCAUGGUCUGAAGAAGCAAAAGUACAAGCAGUUACAAAAAGCUACACAGCACCCUCAGAAAGCAGACAUUUGGGAUCAGGUUUUUCAAAAAUGGCAGGAACAAGACAGAGUAACACAAAUAUUCCAGAGGCCAUACAUCUCACCUCAGCAUCAGGUUUUAUAGAAACCACAACACUGAU